UUCAGAACAGUGCGUGCCUCAGAACCCUGAGAUAAACGUCUGUACGCAGCGCCGGUACCGGGACGCCGCUCCAACAGAUCCACAUUUGAAUAGAGCUACAGAGUGGAAAACGGUCAAACGUCUAUUGAUGCGUCCUGCUCGAUUUUUUUUUUAACUCUUCGCUUGGUCGUAGUGUAAUGUAGACUUCAAGAGAUUCGAUUUUUCAAAGGGAUUAUUGUUAUUUUUCUUUAAAGGGUCAACUUCAACAACCACUUUAUAAAUCGGAAGGGAAUCAAACCGCAAUUAUGAAUGAUAUUAAACUUGCGGUUUUGGGAGGCGAAGGAGUCGGGAAAUCAGCUCUCAUCGUUCGAUUCCUGACGAGGCGAUUUAUCGGCGAAUAUGCCUCAUCAUCAGAAUGCAUAUACAGAAAGCGUCUGUCUAUUGAUGGUAGACAGCUGAAUCUAGAACUCUAUGAUCCAUGCUCACAGGCCUGUGAGGGGAAGUCAACUCUGACCGACCAGAUGCACUGGGCUGAUGGCUUCGUAGUGGUCUAUGACAUCAGUGACCGCUCCUCCUUCAUCAAGGCUAAAGCCGUAGUACACCUGAUCAGAGAGUUAAACCUGGGAGUGGCCAAAAGGGAUGCAGACACGCUGGUGUUCCUGGUGGGUAACAAGCAGGACCUGUGCCACGUGAGGGAGGUGCGUCGAGAAGAAGGCCAGCGCCUGGCAGCCGAGUCCCAGUGCCAGUUCUACGAGCUCUCUGCGGCAGAACACUACCAGGAGGUGGUCCUCAUGUUCUCGAAGAUGGUCCACAACGCCAGCCUGGGGGGCAAGGCCAAGGAGAGGAGACGGAGACCUAGUGGCUCCAAGUCCAUGGCCAAACUCAUCAAUAAUGUCUUCGGGAAGCGGAGGAAAUCAGUGUGAAGGGGAGAUAGGAGGGUCAAGGGUUACCCCAGGACUAAUGAAGCCUUGUUACUUUGUUUCUCCCCCUGGGACUGUUGUUGAAUGGUGAAAGGGAUUAUGGGAAAAGGUCAGUAACGUUGAAUGGACCCACCACCAACAACAUGGGCUUCACCUACUUACUUGCUGUUGCUAUUAUUAUUGUCGAUCAUGAAAACGGGUGGGAAAAUGGUCAAUAAUCAUUAGACCCCCACCAACCUACACUCCUCUGGUUGCCAACCACCAAGUGACAGCGAGAUGUGAGAGGUGGUAUAAAUGGUUCUACACUUAAAACAGAGCUUAUUGGACUGAUAGGACUGCUGCUGCUCACUGUCUGACUGUCUCGUGCUUACCAUGCUCUAAGGUCUCUACUAUAUAUAUACACACACACACACACACACACACAAAUUAUAUCACAGGUAGACUCCAUUAUUAGCUAUGUAAAGUAAAUGACACCACGGGGAGACUCCAUUAUUAGCUAUGUAAAGUAAAUGAUACCACAGGGAGACUCCAGUAUUAGCUAUGUAAAGUAAAUGAUGGCACAGCAAGACUCCAUUAUUAGCUAUGUAAAGUAAAUGAUACCACGGGGAGACUCCAUUAUUAGCUAUGUAAAGUAAAUGAUACCACAGGGGAGACUCCAUUAUUAGCUAUGUAAAGUAAAUGAUGGCACAGCAAGACUCCAUUAUUAGCUAUGUGAAGUAAAUGAUACCACGGGGAGACUCCAUUAUUAGCUAUGUAAAGUAAAUGACACCACGUGGAGACUCCAUUAUUAGCUAUGUAAAGCAAAUGAUACCAAGGGGAGACUCCAUUAUUAGCUAUGUAAAGUAAAUGAUACCACGGGGAGACUCCAUUAUUAGCUAUGUAAAGUAAAUGACACCACAGGGAGAUUCCAUUAUUAGCUAUGUAAAGUAAAUUACACCAAGGGGAGACUCCAUUAUUAGCUAUGUAAAGCAAAUGAUACCACAGGGAGAUUCCAUUAUUAGCUAUGUAAAGCAAAUGAUACCACAGGGAGAUUCCAUUAUUAGCUAUGUAAAGUAAAUUACACCAAGGGGAGACUCCAUUAUUAGCUAUGUAAAGUAAAUGACACCACGGGGAGACUCCAUUAUUAGCUAUGUAAAGCAAAUGAUACCACAGGGAGAUUCCAUUAUUAGCUAUGUAAAGUAAAUUACACCAAGGGGAGACUCCAUUAUUAGCUAUGUAAAGUAAAUGACACCACGGGGAGACUCCAUUAUUAGCUCUGUAAAGUAAAUGACACCACGGGGAGACUCCAUUAUUAGCUCUGUAAAGUAAAUUACACCACGGGGAGACUCCAUUAUUAGCUAUGUAAAGUAAAUGACACCACAGGGAGACUCCAUUAUUAGCUAUGUAAAGUAAAUGAUACCACGGGGAGACUCCAUUAUUAGCUAUGUAAAGUAAAUGACACCACAGGGGAGACUCCAUUACUGGCCCUAUUGCCUCGACUGCUCACUGCAUGCCACAGUGGCAGACACAGUCCAUUUUUCAUACAUCUUUCAUUAUGACUGAUAUGUGUCCCAAAUAGAACCCUAUUUCCCUAUAUCAUGCACUAUGUUUGACCGGGCCCUAUAGGCCCUUAUCGAAAGUAGUGCACUAAAUAGGGAACAGGGUGCCGUUUGGGAUGCUAGCCUGAAUACUGCUACUGAAGAGAGCCAGCAGUUUAUUGGCAUGGAGGUUGUUUUUGGGGGGAAAUUCUUUCUGUGGUUACUGUUUCCAUGGAAAGGUAAUGUAUCAUAACAUAAUAAAUGUCUGUCUGUUUAGGUCCAUCUUCAUGUUGUUUAAUUGUUCACUGGAAUAAAGUCUUAAUUAUAAACUCUAUACGAUAACGUAAAACUAUAAUAAACACUGUAAUCAA